GCCUGCCUCCCUCCCGGCGGCCAGCCCACCCUCCUCCAUCCGCUGCGGCGGGGCUGUCGCCCGUUUCCCGGUACCGCCGGUUACGGUAACCCGCUUUCCCUCACAGCCGCCCGCCCCGGGCGUACGGUACGGAGCGGCUGUUGCGACAGGUGGGGCGCGCGCGGCGGCUGCGCCUUACGGUGGGCCGUUACCUUAGCGACGGUGCCUUGAGCCCGGGCCCGCUGCUCUCUAGCCCCAGUUCUUCCAACCGACCGCGGCCUAACGGAGCUUCCCGCCGUCCCCGGCCUCCCGUAGGGGCAAAGCUGCGGCUAUGGAGAAAUACCAGGUGCUGGGCCUCGUGGGGGAAGGCAGCUACGGGGUGGUGACCAAGUGCAGGAACAAGGAGAGCGGGCAGAUAGUCGCCGUCAAGAAGUUCCUGGAAAGCGAAGACGACGCGGUGGUGAGGAAGAUCGCCGUGAGAGAAAUCAAGCUGCUGAAGCAACUCCGGCAUGAGAAUCUCGUGAACCUGCUGGAAGUGUGUAAGAAGAAGAAACGGUGGUACCUGGUGUUUGAAUUUGUGGAUCACACGGUGCUCGAUGACCUUGAGGCAUUUCCAAAUGGACUAGACUACAGCAGGGUUCGGAAAUACUUAUUUCAGAUUAUGAGAGGAAUAGCGUUUUGUCACAGUCACAAUAUAAUACAUCGGGAUAUUAAGCCAGAAAACAUCCUAGUUUCCCAGUCGGGAGUUGUAAAACUGUGUGACUUUGGCUUUGCCCGUACCUUAGCAGCUUCUGGGGAAGCUUACACAGACUACGUGGCAACCCGAUGGUACAGAGCGCCAGAGCUGCUGGUGGGAGAUAUCAAGUAUGGCAAGGCUGUGGACGUGUGGGCUAUUGGCUGUCUGAUAACAGAAAUGCUUACGGGAGAGCCCCUUUUCCCUGGAGACUCAGACAUUGACCAGCUCUACCACAUCACCAAGUGCCUGGGUAAUUUAAUUCCGAGACACCAAGAGUUAUUCUAUAAAAAUCCCCUCUUUGCUGGCAUGAGAUUACCUGAAGUGAAGGAGGCUGAAUCUCUGGACAAACGAUAUCCCAAGCUCUCUGCUGCAGUGCUAGAUUUAGCCAAGAAGUGUUUGCAGAUUGAUCCAGACAAAAGACCAUCCUGUGCUGAACUCUUGCAGUGCGAUUUCUUUAACAAGGAUGGAUUUGCUGAAAGCCUUCCUGGAAAUAAAACAGUUGAAAAGGAACUCAUUGCGGCGGCAUGUUGGCCUCAUUACCUUGUCACAAGAUUUGCUCAGGAGCUUAAAUUAAAGAUUCAGAAAGAUGCCAGAGACCAUCAAUUACCAAAAAAAUCAAAAAUCAGCAAAAGGGACAAAGAUGAUGUUUUAGAAGAAAGAAAAAUGCUUGGUGUCCAGGAUUUCAGCAUUGACCCAAAGAGCAGAGAUGCGAAGCUAUUAAAGGCGAAGCGCUCUAAAGCUGACGCAGAGAAAGCAGACCGAUCCUCCAAUCUGAGCUCCCUCUACGACAGUGCAAUCAACUCCUUUAAAAUAAGCCCUCAAACCAGCCUAAAAGAUUCCAGCAGCAGCUUGGACUACACCAAGAACGCAGGCAUAGUUAUCCCUCCCAUCAACCAGAACUUUUCUCCCACUACGGUUGGGAUGGGUCCUGUGCCUGGAAACCUCAAUUACAGAGUUGAUGAAAAGAGUAAAAAAUACUUGAACCCAUUUCUGAAGCAACGGAAGCAUUCUCCAGCGGGCCAUUACAGUAUAAGCUUGACGUCAGUUACUAAUGAAAAAAACAUCCUUCAAGCAAAUAGGAAAAAAUGGGAAUUCUCCAAGAUGGAAGUGCGUUUGCCGGAACUAAAUCAUCUCCCUGAACUGAGAGGAGUGGAAGCAUGGCAUCCCAGAUUUCUGAAAAAGGAAAAUAAACCAGUUUCAGAGUCCCGUGUCCCCUCCCUUGCUGCUAUUAACCUCCAUAACCCAAGUCUGGCCUCACAGCAGCUGUCGGGGACCUUUGUGCCUGAUACAUCAGAAGCCAGCUUCCCCAGGGUUGAGCACUAGCCUUAAGGAGAAGAUCCCACCUGCCUCUAAAAGGUGGCUGAAACAGUGGGAACAAUCCACCUGAGUUUCCAGGUGCUAAAGCUGCAAGGUUUCUGCAGGCGAGAGGAGGAUCCCUUACUCUCUCGUUAGCGCAGUGGACUGCCGUGGGAAGUGGCUAGGGUCCGGUCGGAGGACAGAGCUCGCGCCACUGUUGCUGCUGGAUUUCUUGCAUGCAAAACUGCUCCUGGGACGUUGACUUUCUGGCGCAGGGCCAGGUCUUGUCUGAGGUUGCUCAGAAGAAAAAUAAGUGGUGGUUGGUGUGUGACAAGGACAGAAGCUAGUUGGGAGGAUUUUGAAGGAAGCUGGGCUCUCUUUUGUCUAACUGCUGCCCUCUUCAGGGUUUUCUUUUUAAAUGAAUAGGGAAGAGAGUAGAUGGCUGCUGAAUUUGCCGUGUUUUGGUGACCUGCCUGAUCUGUAUUGGAAAGCACCUUUGUCUUGACAAAAACCUCAGUGAAGAAAAUGUUUGUGCAAGGAAUACAACAUUUAAACGUGUAAAUGUUCCCCACUGUUGCUUGAAACCCUUGCUAACACUCAGCAGCAUGUGUGACGGUGCAUUAGGUUCCUUUUCCCUCCAUGUUUUCAUCCCCCUGUCUUUGGGUGGCUGUCGUUUGGGUGUGAGGCUGUUGUCUGGCCGCACCGGGUGAAUAUCUGGCUGCUGUUACUGAUGGAGGAAGAACAUGGGUGUAAAAUACUGAACUGUGAUGCAGGCAGCAUGUGAAAUGCCUUCUGUGAGCACUCAGUAACUCACUUAAGUCACUGUUUAUGUCCCUUAGGGGAGUGGGACAUGAAAGUGUCAGACUCAACAGUCACUUUUAUCUUGGGACUGUUACGAGACCAUUUUUGCCUAACUGCCCUCAGGUUGGCUGUAGCCAGCUCUCGGGUGUCCCUGCGUUGCUCAUAACUUUUUCUGGCAGCCUGAGGCUGCCAUCACAGCUCACACCCCUGUACCGUAUAGUUAAUUUUGGAACUUGUCUUUUCUCCGAACAUGGCCUUUGCCAUCAAUGUGUCAUGGUAGAAUACAGCAUGAAUGUAGUUUUAUUUAGAGUUUUGUGGCUAGGCUGUCUUUUGACAUGUACGUUAAAAUUUGUCAAUAAAAGGAUAUUCAAAUUCCAAA